AUGGACUUGGAAGCCAGGGAACCGAUAGACCUCGGUGCUGGAGAUCAUCAACAUCUGAUCCGGAAAGCAGCCGAUGGGAACGUCCAGACCAAAGCUGGUCAGCCCUACGAAACUUCACCUUCCUCCAGGCCAAAACAAACUCAUGGGAAGCCACAUCCCAAGACUAGUCGGCAAGCAGAUUCCUAUGUGGUGCAAAUUUCAGAUGAGAGCACCCCCGAAGACAGCAGUACUUUACCCAGCCCAUUCUCAGAAACAUCUAUCCGCAGAGCUUUCAUUGUGAAAGUGUUCCUUAUCCUGUCAGCUCAGCUGAUGGUCACCGGGGCGCUAAUCAGUGUGUUCAUCUUCUGGAGAGGUUUAAAAGAGUGGGUGCUCAAGAAUCCCUGGUUCAUCUAUGCAAUCUGGCCAGUGUUUUUCAUUGUGCUUUUUGUACUUGCUUGCUGUGGGAAACUCCGCCGCCAGGUGCCUGCAAAUUACAUUCUCCUGGGAAUAUUUACAGUUCUCCAAGGUCUGCUGCUAGGAGCCGUGUCAGCUUUCUAUGACGCUGAGGAAGUGUUAUGGGCCAUAGCAGCAACCUCUCUGGUGACGUUAUCGCUCACUUUAUUUGCUCUUCAGACAAAAUGGGACUUCACCCUGCUGAACGGAACGCUGUUCGUCUUCCUCUUGGUGCUCAUCAUCUACGGAGUCCUCCUGCUCUUCAUACAGUCAUACUGGUUGCAUCUGUUGUACGCUGGACUCGGAACGGUGCUGUUCUCGCUUUACCUGGUGAUGGAUGUGCAGCUGAUGGUGGGCGGGCACCAUCACUACAGCCUGAACCCUGAAGAGUAUGUGUUCGCUGCGCUGAACAUCUACUUGGAUAUAAUCAACCUUUUCCUCUUUAUUUUGCAGCUGAUUGGACUGAGACAGUAG